AUCCGUCUUUUUGAAUUGUAUAUAGCUGAGAGAUGGAGGUGAUGAAGAAGAUGAUGAGGCAUCACAAAACCCUCUCAUUCUUUUAUUUCACAUCCUCAUCAUCAGCUGCUCUAUUUACUCUCCAUCUUCUUCUGUUUUGCUUAAUAUGUAGUGUUACCCAUUCCUCCUUUGCAUCAUCAAAUGAAACCGAUAGACUUGCUCUUUUAGAGUUUAAACACCGGAUUUCUGAUGAUCCCAAUGGAGUAUUUCUUAACUCCUGGAAUGACUCUGUGCACCAUUGUGGUUGGCAAGGAGUGAGCUGUGGCCAUCGACACCCACGAGUUGUGGGUUUGGAGCUUCCUGAGAUGGGGUUGGUGGGAACCAUAUCUCCUCAUAUUGGAAAUCUCACUUUCCUCAGGGAUCUUGAUCUCCGUAUGAAUAUGUUGCAAGGUGAAAUUCCAGGAGAGAUUGGUGGUUUGUUUCGACUAAGACUUCUCUCCCUGUCUAUGAAUGCCCUGACGGGAGAAGUGGCUAAGCUUAAUCUCACCGGCUGCGUACAUCUUAGGGACUCUAUUUUGCUAAAAAUGGCCUCCAGGGGAACCUCCCUACCGCUAAUUUGAAGAAGCUACAAGUACUAAA